AUGCACUUCGGACAAGCUGGAUAUUGUGUAAUCACUUACCUGCUGGGUGUUGGUGACAGGCACAUGGAGAACCUUAUGCUUACCAAUGACGGUCAUCUUUUCCACAUAGACUUUGGCUUCAUUCUCGGUAAUGAUCCCAAGCCACUUGCUCCUGAGGUCCGUCUAACCAAAGCUAUGCUCGAAGGCAUGGGGGGUCCGGGAACAAAGCAGUUCAACGCUUUCUGGAGCACAAGUUUCACGGCUUUUCUUAUUCUAAGAAGGUAA